AAUUAAGAAUUGGCCAUUGACAUUUGUGCCCGCUUAAUGGAGCGUCCAGUUUGCGUUGAUAAACACGGAAGUGGGACUGAAACGUGAAAACAAAUCUUUACCGCACCGCCUCACAAAGUGUUAUGACACAGUCAUUACCGAUUCUUUUUCAACGUGCACAAUCUUAGUUUAAGCGAUUUCUGCUGUUAUUUUGAAUUAACCGUAAUUAUUUAUAGCUCUGCUGUAGAGUAGAUUAGCACAAUGAAGAACUGUAUUGCUGCUGUGAUAACACUAUGCAUUGUAAUGCAGGUGAAUGGUGCUUUGGAUUUCGAGAAAACGCGCACGGCAUAUUCUGCAAAGAUCUUUGGGUUCUCAUGGGAGAACUGCGGUAAGCCAGACGACCCAGCGGUUCUGAAGACCCUAGCCCUGUCCCCGGACCCCAUCACAGUUCCAGGGGACCUGACUGCCAGUGCGUCCGGGAACACAACGGUCGAGCUGGCCGCUCCCCUCGCUGUGAAUGUGACGCUGGAGAAGGAGGUGGCAGGGUUCUGGGUCAAGAUCCCAUGUCUGGAUGAGAUCGGGAGCUGUCAUUACACAGACGGCUGUGACCUGCUCAACCAGCUGAUACCGCCAGGACAGGACUGUCCUGAACCUCUUCACACAUACGGCAUCCCCUGCCACUGUCCCUUUAAAGCUGGGGUGUACACACUACCAGAGUCAGACUUCUACCUCCCUGACAUUGACCUGCCUUACUGGCUGACCAACGGACACUACAGAGUACAAGGAGUGCUGGGAGCUAUGGAGAAAGAACUGGGCUGCCUCAAAAUCACCUUCUCUGUCCACUCUAAUUACUAAACAAUGGAUAAAUGACCUUCUCUUUCCACUCUAAUAACUAAAUGAUGGAUACAUGACCUUCUCUGCCCACUCUAAUUAAAUGGUGGAUAAAUGACCUUCUCUGCCCACUCUAAUUAAAUGGUGGAUAAAUGACCUCCUCUGCCCACUCUAAUUAAAUGGUGGAUAAAUGACCUUCUCUGUCCACUCUAAUUAAAUUGUGGAUAAAUGACCUUCUCUGCCCACUCUAAUUAAAUGGUGGAUACAUGACCUUCUCUGCCCACUCUAAUUAAAUGGUGAAUAAAUUACCUUCUCUGCCCACUCUAAUUAAAUUGUGGAUAAAUGACCUUCUCUGCCCACUCUAAUUAAAUGGUGAAUAAAUUACCUUCUCUGCCCACUCUAAUUAAAUAAUGGAUACAGGAAACAUUAUGUACCAUUCAAUGAGCUGGUGUACUGACAAUUUCUCUUCUUUAUUCUGAAGGGAACUUCUGCUCUCAUCUCUUCUCGUCUCAUCAAACCGCCAAUUGAGAAGUGGACCAGUAUACACAAAGCCUCUCAGAGUAGGAGUGCUGCUCUAGGAUCAGUUUUACCUUUACAGUCGUAAUGAAUAAGAGGGGGGGUGGCUGAUCCUAGAUCAGUACUCUAAAACGCUUUGUGGAUACUGGCCCUGUACCAAACAAGCAGUAACUGAGCUGCUACUGUAGUGGUACUGUAGUUUAGGAUAGAAUUCAGACUCACUUUCAGGUAAAACAGUUAAGUUGAGUGAUUUUGCAUGGCUUCCUACUGUACUGCUAUGAACUUGUCAUAACCAGUAUGAUUCUUUUUCAUAAUGUUUUACACUGUCUUUUUUAUACAGAAUUAUUUUUAUUAGAUUUCUUCUCAAGGGUGAAUGGCCACGGGUAUGCUUCUAUUGGUCAUCGGCUUUUACCCUGGGUAAGGUACUGGUCACAUGACAAGUAGUUUUAGGAGUUUUUAAUUGUGACAGUCGUUUCUAGCUGAUGCUUACUGUGUCAUCCAUUUUGGUUCUAUGGGUCGUAAUGCUACUUCCUGUUUCUAGUGGUGACACUUCUGAUUUUACAACCCCUGGGAAUAUGUUGUUCUUCCUGUUGAUGGUGUAUUGAUCAGUUUUUUUCUGAAGGUGUUUUAUUGUUGACAUGUUCAAAGUGCCUAAAUAGACAUGCUGGAAAUGAGAUCUGCAAAUCAGGUGGGACUGUGUGAUGUUUCAAAGGGAAAUGGAAUGAAAGCAGCCAAUCAAUUCCUACCCUCGUAUAACACUGUACCAAUAGGCUAAUUCUAUAACCAAUUAAAGUGUUGUAAGGAAUGUAAGUGCACUUCCUAUCUUAAAUAAUAAUUCUAAUGAAAUGGUUAUCGGGUAUAGAAGUCUUAAGGAAUCAACACGAAAAAUUGCACCUUGAUUAUUUAGAAAUGACAUGCUUACUACUAUAAUAUGUUGGUCAAUAUUUCACUGUAAAAACAUAUUUCUUUUCAAUAAAAUAAUAUCCUAUA